AUGAGUCAGCUGCAGUUUGCGGGGCGCCGAUCGAUCCUCUCUGGGCUUUGUGGCACCGGCGUUGACGCCGCCGGAAGCGGCGAGGCAGCGGUGGACGGCGGCGACGCUGCCGCUAGGCACAGCCCCAGGCCGGAUGCAAGUCCCUGUACGGCAUCAAAAUACGUGCUGGUGGCGACGGCGGCAUCGCCGCAGCCGCCGAUUCAGGCCAGAGCUGGGGCGACACUGCAGGCGACAGCUGCAACCGCGAAAUCCGGGACCGGCGCUCGAGUUCUUCACAUGCUGGCUACUUCGGUCCCGCUGUCUUGCUGCCGUACAUUCGCGGAGAGCCCGCGAGCGUUUGGCACUAGCGCUUAUAAUGCCGUCGUGGCAUCCGACGGUGCGGGAUCGACUUCUUUGUCGCCGUCGCUGCCACCGCCUUCACAGCCGCCGCCAAAGCCGUUGGCGAGUCCCCUGGAGGACGCCGUGGCGCUUCCCUCGGCUUCCCGGAACCCGCCGCCGCUAGCGGUCCCUCUUCCCCCUGGCGGCAGCCUCCAAAUAAGCUCAGAGGACGGUGGCGCCGGCGGCGGUGCGUGGAGUGCAGCGACGGCGUCGGCGACGGCGAGUGCCGCGGCGGCACUGCCGGCAGCGACGGCGCCGCCACCACUGGACGCUACCGAUGGUUUCUUUGCCGAGGAUACGGCAACGCGGGCCGGAUACAACCGACGCCGAUGCCUCUUCCGCCCGGUGACCAGCCGGGGGGCGGCGGCGCCCGGCAGCCCGUAUUUGAUGGGGCCCCUGCAGACCAUCCGCGCCGCAAACCGUCCGGCGCAGCCGCCACCGUCACAACUGAACCAUGGGUCGGUGGGCCCAAAAAACAUCAGGCUAAGUCCGCUGGAUCACGGCAUGCUGCUCACCUGUCUCAAUCCAAAGGCGUUGUGGCUACCAUACGACUUGGAUGGUAGACAGCUGGCCAUUGCCUUAUCGUACACCCUGGACGAAUUUCCGCUGCUGGCUGGCCGGCUGCGGCCGUCCAUUAACGGAGGACGCAGCCGACUUCAGAGGCUAGCCGCCCGUCGCAGUCUCGCCUUUGUCGUACAGCUGUGCAACAGCGGCGCGACGUUGCGCGAGGCCGUCAGCUGUACAGCCCCCCUGGAGUAUUUCCUGCCAUUGGCAGCACUGAACAGGAGGGCCUUUACCCAGAUGGGGAGCGAGUUGCCGCCGUAUUUCGAGCCCAUGGACACCGAUGCCGUACUGUACGGCGGGGAGCCGCUGCUAAAGCUACCCGCGGGUCCGCGCAGCGACCGCCGCGGCAGCCUGUACGCCAGCGGCACCAGCUGCAGCAUCGGCGGCGGCGGUGGCGGCGGCAGCUCCAGCAGCUGCCACUUGCCGGCGCCGGUCCUUAACGUCGCUGCCGUCCCCGUCCGAGAGCCUGCCACAGCGCCAACCGAGAGGAUUCCCACCCGAGAGUGGGAGCGGGAGGCCCCUCAGGGUCCAGGGCUCGGAGACGGCGGGUCUCGGAAAAAAGGUGUUUGGUAUUGUGCAGAUGGGCGUUCAGCUUGCAGGUUCCUGGAGCGGUUGGCGGCCAACUACCGAGAGGUGACGGCCGCCGCCACGACGAUUCCCCCGAUGCCGGCGCCGGACUCGCCGCCGCCGCCACAGCCGCCACAGUCACAAUUGCCGUCAGGGUCAUCCUCACGGCAGCUGCUCGUUUUGCCGUACGAAUCCCCAGCGGACCCCAAGUCCGAAUCGUCCGCGGCGGCAGAGCCUGCACCGCUGGAGGCGGUGGUAGCGGCUGAUGUUGCAGCUGUAGCUGCUGCUGCAGCGGUGGCGGCGGCGGCAGCGGCGGCGGCAACAACGGACCCAGUUGCAACUACUGCGGUAGGGACGGCGGCGGCGACGCAGCCUCGUUUGGACGAGGCGGGUUCGCCGGACCAGGAAAAGGGCGGCAUGAGGGGGCUAUCAGCAGUAGCGGUGGCAGACGUCGGAGCUACAGCCAAAGAUCUGGAACCACGCCAAACGGUCUCCACACGCCGCAUGGGAUACAGCGGGGCCGACGUCAGAAGUCAGCAGCAGCGCAGCAACAGUAACGGUAGCAGCAGUGGCAGCGGUAGCAGCGGCAGCAGCACAGCAGGCAGUAGCAGCAACAUCCUCUUUAGAGCGGCACCUGGUGGGAGCUGCGGUCACGCAAGCGGCAACACUGAUUACGGCAGCAGCAACGGCGACGGCGGCGGCAGUGAUAACGGCAAUGGCAGCGGUGGCGGCGGCGGCGGGUGCGGCGGCAGUAGCGGCGACGUCGACGUCGACGGUGGUGAUCCUUGGAGGAACACAAAGUCGCCACCAACGUGUCAGCAUCCGAGCGAAAAGCCAGGUGCCGGCGCUGGCAUCUGCACCAUCAUACGGAAGCGAACCGCCAUCCAGCCGACACAGCCUCCAGAUCUUCCGCGGUUUUCAAUUUCUGUCGCGGCUUCCACCUCGGCGACCUAUCCGUCGCCCUCACAUCCUCCUCCUCCGCCGCCGCCGCCACUGCCGCCACAGCAGCUCUCGCCGGCGCCUGCACGGCCAUCACCUCAGAUGCCUAUCCAUCCGGAGCAGCUGCCAUUACCGCCAUCACUACUGCCGCCACCGCAGCAGCAGCCGUCGCAGCACCAGCAGCAGCAGCAGCUGAUGCUGUCGUCACCACCGCCAACGCAGCCGCAGCAGGUUACCUUUGAUCGGUCGCUGCUCUUUCCUGCUAGGGAUGUAUCGAGUUGGGAGCCGGAGCCAGGAUCUUCCCGGGCCGCCGUCGACGUCGACGCCUCCUAUGGCACACCUGCUGGCGGCGGCGGCGGCGGCACACGCAGCGGCGGCGGUCCUGACAGAGGAGAUGAAGGAGGUAUUGGAGCCGGCGGCAGUCAGGGGCUCCUAAGUAGCCUGACGAUUCAACAGGUAGCCGCAGCCGGCUGGGCCCGAUCGCUGCGGUCCAUGGGUAAGAUGCUGAGGAACGUGGUUUCGGAGGAGCGCCGUUGGAGGGGCGCCUCUGGUCGCGCCCUCGUGUGUGAGGUGCUCCAUCUGCCGCCCGAUCAGGUCGCGCGGUUGAAGGCACUGGCGGCACCUGCCCGUCCGGUCCCUCCAUCUCCAACCACCGCCACCAUCAGCACCAAUGAUGCUCUGGCGGCGCUGGUGUGGGUGCUGAUGUGCGAUCUUCGAGGGCGGCCACUCCCCGGCACCCUGCCAGCGGGCGCAGAUGCAGCUAGAAAUAGCGUGAGCAGCGGUAGCGGCGGCUAUAUGGGUCUUGCCAUCGACCUGCGGCGAAACGGUCGGCUUCAUCCGCGGCCAAGUCAACAGCUGUUCAGCACCGACAGCAGCGGAGACGGUGGCGGCGUUGCACCCGCAGAUACGGUACCACCUGGCUUCUUCGGCAACGGUGUUUGGUGCUUGCACAUACCGUCACCACUGCUGCCCCCGGUUUCGGCAGCAGCUGCCCCUGCAAGCGACCCGGACGGCAACGACGCUGUCAAGGGACUGUUCCACGCAGCACACAGCGACGCCGGCGGCCUUCGGUGCACGGCAUGUGGGAUCGGUCGCAUUUGCGGCGCCGGGAGCACUGUUGAUUCCCGGUUUCGAGGUGGCAGCUACUGUGUAGUGUGCUGCCUGAGGAGCGGCGCGGCGGCAAUUCGGGGCUGCCUGAGAGAGCUGAGGGAGCGUCCCGACGGAGCAGAGCAGGUGCUCCAAACCGCUCAAUCUCAACUGACGGCUCCAAUGAGCUCCCAAAUGGGCAUGAUGGCCGAGGUGUGCUGCAGACAGGAUGCCAUGCUGACCAGCUGGCAAAUGCCGUACUGGGAUCUGGAGUUUAGUUCUGGAGCCACUGAUGGCGACAUCCGGCUCCAGAACCGGCCAGUCCAGUUUCAGUCACUCCUAACCCCGAGCCCGCCCUGGUCGGCGGCUGUCAUGGCGGCUGUGCCACCGGAUAGGGUCCGUGUGUUAAGUCCAACCGCUGCAACUGCCACAACUACCGUUGCAGCUCACAUGGCGCCGUACAGCUCUGGCUACAGCUCUGGCAGGCAAACAGCAUCUAGUACUGGGCCCUCGAAAGGUGAUGCAGCUUCAUCCAUCGCGCCACCACAAGGUGGAGUAAACUUGUUCAUCGUGGUUCCGGAAGGAGCCGCGGCGGCGUUGCGGUGCAGCCAGGUGAUCAGGGAGCUGGUGCCCGGGGGUGUAUUCCAUUGA